GGGUUCUGCAGAGGGCGCCUUGCUCCAGGCGCGACCGCGGCUCCCUGGAGGCCUGGGUGCCGGGCCCCGCGAGCGCGCCGUGACCUCGGGAGCAGUGUUGGCCAAGGACCCCGGCGCCCUCCGUUGAUCUUUAAAUAAAGCAAAAUUUUAUCCAGUAAAGGGCUUUCAUGAAGAAAUUUAAAGAGAGAAAUUGCAAGCAAUAGAGAAACUAGGCAUUUCUAUACUACAGAAACCACCUAAAACAACUAUACGGAGUAAGAUGAAAGGAAUGAAUACACCUGGAAGAAAUUUUACCUAGUGUGACGUUUUUGCCCAUCUUUUUGUCACAAAGGCUAAGGAAAAGAGAAUCUAGUUUUCUAGAGAAUAAGAGUACAGUGUGAAAAUGGCAACCACAGUUUCAGAAAUUCAUGUAGAAAACAAAGAUGAGAAGAGAUCAGCAGAAGGUAGUCCUCGGGCUGAAAGACAGGAGGAAAAAACAUCCAUGCUUUGCUUCAAGAGAAGAAAGAAAGCAGCUAAAGCAUUGAAACCCAAAGCUGGCUCUGAAGCUGCUGAUGUAACAAGGAAGUGUCCCCAAGAAGCAGGAGCUUCCGAUCAGCCAGAGCCCCCACGGGGGGCCUGGGCCUCACUCAAACAUCUUGUAACACGCAGGAAAAGGUCGGAGUCUUCAAAGAAGCAAAAGCCAUUGGAGGCUGAAGUGCAACCUGAAAUAAAUGCUGAGGAUGCUGAUCUUUCUAAGAAAAAGGCAAAAUCUAGACUUAAGAUUCCCUGCAUAAAAUUCCAAAGACGGCCAAAAAGGAGGAGUCAUUCCAAAAUUAUAGAAGACUCAGUCUGCAGCAUCAAAGUCCAGGGAGAGGCUGAAAAUCUGGAUCUACAAAUACAGGCUCCAUCAAACGAUCAGGCAACAAAGGCUAAGUCAACCCAGGAUCUAAGUGAAGGCAUCUCACGGAAAGAUGGUGAUGAGGUCUGUGAAUCAAAUGUGAGCAAUAGCAUAACUUCUGGAGAGAAAGUUAUUUCAGUAGAACUUGGAUUAGAUAAUGGGCAUUCUGCUAUUCAAACAGGAGCUCUAAUCCUUGAAGAAAUUGAAACAAUCAAGGAAAAACAAGAUGUUCAGCCCCAGCAAGCAAGCCCACUUCAAACUUCAGAAACAGACCAUCGGCAACCAGUACUUUCUGAUGUUACUCCUUUACCUGCAAUCCCAGAUCAACAAAUUGUGGAAGAAGCCAGUAACAAUAUCCUAGAAAGUGCACCAAAUGGGAAAGACUAUGAAAGCGGAGAGACUGUAACUGAAGAAACUAAGCGAAAAGAUACUGAAUUGAGCCAAGAACCAGAUUUUAAAGAAAAUGGGAUCACUGAAGAGAAAUCCAAAUCAGAAGAAAGCAAAAGAAUGGAGCCAAUUGCUAUUAUUAUUACAGACACUGAAAUCAGUGAAUUUGAUGUUAAGAAAUCUAAAAAUGUCCCUAAGCAAUUCUUAAUUUCAACAGAAAGUGAGCAAGUAGGGGUUUUUGCUAAUGAUAAUGGUUUUGAGGAUAGAACUUCAGAACAAUAUGAAACACUCUUAAUUGAAACAGCCUCUUCUCUCGUCAAGAAUGCUAUUCAGUUGUCAAUAGAACAGCUGGUUAAUGAAAUGGCCUCUGAUGAUAAAAUAAACAAUCUUCUACAGUGACUUACUCUCCAGAGUCAUGGGAGAAAAACCAAGCUUAUGAAGAAUUAUUUUAUACAUUUGUGGCAUUUCUUACUCCGUAACGAAUGAGAGAUUUAUCAUCUCUGGAACUUAAAGGUACAAUUAUAGUGCAGAAGUGCUAAAGAUUGUCAAGUUUAUAAAACUCUACCACUGAAAUGCAGUCAGUUCUGGUUUGGAGGAAGUCAGCACGGAUUGCACUGUGUAAAGUAACACAACAUACAGGGAGUUGCUAAAACGGCAUAUGGAGACUGGAGUGCUUUGGGGGAGGAAAAUGUAUUUAUUGAGCACUUAUGGUAUGUCAUAAGCUCUUUAAUGACCUCUGAUAUAACAAAGUCUAGUUUCCUUUUGAUAAUUCAGCUCUGUGUAUAGGCUAACAUCACACUGAGUUUUUAAAAACAUUUUUUACAGUGGACAUGUAUGUUGUUUAAAAUGGUGAAUAAGGUGAGCUACUUUUGUGAAUGUGAUUUGUAAUUGUUACAUUCCUAAGCAUUAGGCUUAACUCGAAAAAUAUAUUGCAUUUUCCCAAUUUCAGCAGAUAGUGUGCAGAAUAUGCAUAUUGAAAUUAAAUAUGAGUGGUUUUCUAGUCUUGCUUAAGUCCUUUAUAAGAAAGAGCCAUUUGGCCAGAUGCAGUGGCUCACGCCUGUAAUCCCAACACGUUGGGAGGCUGAGGCAGGAGAAUCGCUUGAACCUGGCAGGUGGAGGUUGCAGUGAGCCAAAUUCGUGCCAUUGCACUCCAGCCUGGGUGACAAGAGGGAAACUCUGUCUCAAUUAAAAAAAAAAAAAGCCAUUCACAAAUCCUUCAAUCAGGCAAAUUGUUACUAAGUGCAAAAGGGUAGAAACAGGGAGUGGGUUUUUCCCUCUCUUCUUUCUGCCUCAACAGAUCUGUAUAUAUCCAUUUCUGCAUGGAUUUAUCUGUGAAAAGUUAAAAAGUGAAACAGCAAAAACAAAAGGGGAAUAUUAUUCUUCAUCCAGGAGAAGGAAAAAUUCCCAAGUAAAUUGUCACUUAGGAUUCAUCUUGCAGAAUUACUUUUUUAAGAGCCAUAUUCAUCAACCUCUCUCCAAAGAGGGGAGAGUAAAUUCAAAGCCAGCCUGGUAGUAAUGGUCCUGGAAAAUCCUAAUAAUCUAGGGCAAAUAUUAUUUAUUCUUGGCCAAAAAUGAGCCAUGAAUGUGGUUGAAUAGAAAGUGAAAAAUUAUUGCUAAAGCACAUUAUAAUUUAAAUGUCAGUUUUCCUUCGUGUCUAUGUGUUGAGAGAGACCAGUAAAAAGCAUUUUACGUGGAUAUUGAAAAUUAACUUUUUCAUCACUAUUUUCAAUCCAGAUAUACUUUAUAAAAACGAGAAGGGCUUAUUUGCAUUUUUAUUUACUGAUUGAAAGGGAAGUAUCUGAUCUCAUCAGUGAUUGCCAUAUUUUUUGAAAAACUAAUCCUAUUUCAAUCUUUCCUUGUGUGAAAUGGCCAUAAUACUACAACACACUUCCCUACCUCAUAGGUUAGGAUUCAAAGUGUAUAGUCCCCCAUUGCGUAAACUGAGUGAUUAUGUUACUACUUGAAACAGAUGAAGUAAUAAAGUAUGGGAUGUAAGGUAUUUGUUAAAGAGCUCCACUUGGAGGAAAGAAUGCACAUUAGCUGAUUUUAAAUGAUCUGGGUAAAGUCUUGCAUUGCUUAUGGGUUGAUUAUAGAAAGUAUGUGCUAAUUUGUCCUACAGAAUCAUCUUUGUUUCAUUCUGUAAAUACAUAUUGAGACCUCUAACAAAAGAAACUAAUCUGACUUUGAAAUUGAAUCAAAUCAUGGAUAUUAUUGGCAAGAUUCUUUGCUGAAGUGCAGAAAUAUUUCCCUACCUUUGGGCAUAUAAUCUUGUUGGGGCGGGGGAAUCCUUCAAUUUAGCAAGAUGAAACAUGUGUCGUUCAAAACACAUGACCCAAGUAGUCAGUUUCUUUUAAUUGUACAACUUUUAAACAUUAAAAAAAGAUGGAAGUCAUCUUCUCUGAAAACACUCUUUAACUCACUAUAUGUGGUGCUAAUGGACUUGGACAGCUACCAGCAAAUAUAUAUCAUAUUUAAAAGUGAACAGUUUUAAAAACCUAAGGUUGGUGCAUUUUACAGUGUAUUGAAGAAUCCUGUCCUCAUUUACUGCAAGGAUGCCUCCUUGCAGUACGCUUGCAUUGUAAAUGUGUCGUAAUCUCUCAUCAACAAGCAAAAACUAUAGUACUUACCAGUUAUUGAAAAUAUUUUGGGGGAUUUAAAAAACAGAUAAAUGGUAAAUAUGAGUAAUGAAAUUUUUGGUUAAGAAAGUAAAAUUUUAUCUAAUACUAGGUUUUUACUUUUUUCACUGUGGUUUGAUAUAUAUUUUUGGUUAGAAUGUAGUGAUUGUUUUUAUGAUGAGAUGUAUAUUUUACUUGCAUUCAUUCUUAAGUGGUUUCUCUUUUUCUAUUGAGAAUAUUUGUUGAAUUAAAUAAGUAGGAUUUCAGUUAGAAAAAGGAAUUCAGAAA